GUAGAGCGAGUUCAUGUUCAUUCCGCAUCCCCUUCUCUCGGUUUCUCCCACAAACACAAAACCCUCUUCUCCCCUUCUCUGCUACCAGUAGUACACUACAGGCUACUACUACUACUACUACUACACCAAAUCACCGCGACCUCCACCUCCACGCCUCCGCGCGCGAUGCUCCGCCUCCGCCGCCUCACCGGCGCCGUCUCCGGCGGCCUCGCCCGCUACCUCUCCACGCGCGCCGCGUCGCCGGCGCGGCCCCCGUGGGCGCUGCUCCAGCUGUCGAAGAUGGACCGGUCCGGGGCGUCGUCGCAGCCGGGCGCGUCGCUCCACGCCGACUACCCGCCGUGCGUCUCCUACCUCACCUUCGCCGCCAGCUUCGUCGACCCCCGCCUCCGCCACGACGCCGAGUCCGAGAUGUUCGGCACGGUCUCCACGGACGUCCGCGCCACGAGCGGCGACGGCCUCGUCCCCGUCCGCUUCUACGACUCCCGCAACCACCUCCCCACCGUCGGCAGCCGCGGCGGCGAGCCGAUGCGCGAGUGGGCCCUCGACGGCGUCGACCGCGACCCGGAGGUGACGCGGUUCAUCUGCAACCCGCUCAGCGGCGAGAUGUACCGCCUCCCCGACCUCAACGGCACGAAGAAGACCUCGAGGUACCUCCACUUCGGGCUCCUCACCCAGUCCGAUGCCGGUCAGGGGCCGCCUGCUCGGUACGCGGUGGCGGAGCUCGACGGCAACCGCGAGGAAGACGGCCAGGGGUGGCUCGUGCGGCGAUUUCUCUCGGAUUCCGGGGAGUGGGACAAGCUGGUGGGCAUGCCGUCCCCAUUGCCAGCCAGGAGGACGGUCGACAUCGACCAGGAGGUGGUGGCCUUCGGCGACCGGCUAUGGUGGGUCGAUGCGAGCUGGGGCGCCGUCACCAUCGACCCCUUCAGCGACCGGCCGGAGCUCCGGUUCGUCGAGCUGCCCAAGGAGAGCGUGCUGCCUGACCUUGACGACGUGGUGAUGCUAAGGGAGCUUGGCAAGUACAGGCGCAUGGGGGUCAGCGAGGGCAAGCUCCGCUAUGUCGAGGUGUCUUUGGGGAAGCAGUUCUUGAUCAGGUCGUUCUCGCUCGCCGACGACGACGAGGGCGGCGACUCCUGGACGCUGGAGCACGAGGUGGCCUUCGGCCCGAUCUGGAAGGAUGAGCACCACGCGUCGGUUCCCUUGGGUGGCAUGCCAAGGAUUGGGGCCAUUGAUCCACUGAACGCCAACAUCGUGCACCUCAUAGUUGGUGAUCAGAUGCUCAGCAUAGACAUGAUUAAGGAGAGGGCGAUUGACAGUUCUCGUUUGGGUUGUGCUGACUUUCCCCUCCUGCCUUGUGUACUCCCACCGUGGCUUGAAUCAAGCCAGAUUCCUGAAGGGAUCCAUUGGAGCAAGAAGGCCAAGAUGAAAAGCAAUACUCCGUCAUACUCAGACAUGUCGGUUCAUGUAGACAUAGAACUGAAGAAGUGAAUUUUAUCAGCUUUUGAUCUCAUGGGUUUCUCAAAAUUGACAGACGAGGUUUUUCUGGAGAAUUAGGAGGCGAAUGGUGAUGGUUUCUGACACACCUUGUGGGAAUGCUGUGAAAAGUUUGGGUUUUGGGGCUUUCCUGAUGAACUUUGUGGCCCCUCAUUUUGACAAAUUCUGGGAAACAUUUUGCAACUUCUCUUAGCUAUGCACGAGCCAUGUUUAUUAUUAUUUCAGUGAAAUGACUUGAUUCCAUCGCCAGUUGAGCUUUGAACCGCAGUCUAGAACAACACAUACAACGAUUACAUUUUUGCAUCAUGCAUAUGCUCCUUAUAUCUAAGUUUUCUUCGAUGUUAUGUGUUCAUCAUUCAUCAAUGGAAUAUGUUUUUUCGGGGUCUUUUGAA